AUGUUGGCCAAACUAAACCAGCUGCUACCUGCAGUAGCUCUGCUGGCCACUACAGUCGUCUCUCAACAGAGUACCUGCGACCUCGUCCAGGCCCAGACGAAAAUCUCCAUUUGGAACCGCUUUUCCAUCGACUACACAAGAGAGCAGACCGAGUACUGGUCGACAGCAUCGGGUGCUCUCAAGCCAAAGUGUAUCCUGACUCCGCAAAACGCAGAUGAGGUCGCGGCCAUUGUUUCGAUCCUGCGCGAGAACAACGAGACUUUUGCCAUCAAGUCGGGCGGGCACAAUCCCAACAACUACUUUGCGAGUGUCGAUGGCGGACCGUUGAUCUCGACCAAGAAACUCAACGAGGUCGUCUUUGAUCGGGCCACAGAAACAGUCCGCAUCGGGCCUGGCAACCGCUGGGAUGAAGUCUCUGGUGCUCUGGAUGGUUCGGGGUACACGGUUGUUGGAGGGCGUAUUGGAAACGUCGGUGUUGGAGGCUACCUGCUUGGUGGCGGUCUCAGCUUCAUGAGCACCGAGUACGGCUGGGCAGCCAACCAAGUCCUCGAAUACACGGUCGUUCUGGCCAACUCGACGAUUGUCAAGAUCACCCCCGAUAACCACCCGAACAUCUACACGGCCCUGACCACCGGCGGCAACAACUACGGCAUUGUCACAUCGUACCUUGUCAAGGCCUACCCUCAGGGUGAUGUCUGGGGCGGAAGCCUCGUCUUCACUGCCACUCCGAACAUCACGGUCAACCUCCUCUCCGCGCUCCGUGACUUCACCGAGAACUAUCCCGACGAGAAGGCUGGCAUCAUCAUGACGGCCGAGCGCACACUGGGCACGCUGGUCGAUCUAUGGAUCAUGUUCCUGUACUACAAUGGACCAGAGCCCCCUGCGGGUCUAUUCGACCGCUUCAUCAACGCUGGAGCCAGCAUCAACACCUGCAAGACGCAGUCCAUGCACAGCCUGCUCUCUGGCAAUAAUUGGGCGGUCGUCAAGGGCAGCGUGUACACCAUCGGCACCGAGACCAUUGCCCUCCCUCCCGCGGGCCCUUCUGGCACGGAAGGCGACGCAGUCAUGCAAUCCGUGUACGACCUCUGGGUUGAGGUGAGCAACAAGGUCAAGCUGGUCCCGGGCCUGAUUGCGAGCAUCGCGUUCCAGCCGAUGCCCAAGAUGCUCACGAGAGUGGCCAAGACGCACGCUGGGGGCGACAUGCUGGACCUGGACGACUCGAUCGACCGCAUGAUCGUCGAGCUCGACUACAGCUUCCUGUUUAACAGCGACUACCCCAAGGUCGACGCCAUCAUGCGCGAGACGUACACCGGCAUCCGCAACGUCGCGGACAACGCCACGGCCGCGGGGCUCAUGCCGCAGGGCUACCUCCCGCUGUUCCAGAACGACUGCUUCUACCCGCAGGACUACUACGGCCGACUGCGGCCCGAGAAGAAGGCCCUCGCGCAGAAGGUGCGGGCCGAGCUGGACCCUCAGGGCUUGUGGCGCGAUCGUACCGGCGGCUUCAAGAUUGAUCUCUGA